GAGGAGAGUGUAAAGGGAGAGCGAAGGAGAGAGGAGGGAGAGGAGGAGAAGGAGGAGGAGAAGGAGGAGGAGAAGGAGGAGGAGAGAGAGGAGAGAUAAGAGGGAGACGGGAUGCGAGCCUCGACUGCCAGCUCAGCAUCCAGGCGCGGGUGCUACAAAGGUGGAGCCCGGAGUUCUGGUUCCGGGAAACGGCACCCCACGAGCCACAGCAGAGGUCGCCCCCCCUCAUCGGAGCUCAUGCGGACCCCCCACGAGAACGAGAACUGCUCGGGCGCUGUGGGCACCCCCCCCCUCGCGCCACCGCUCAGCAACGGCGAGCCGGCAGACGUCGGCGUCACCGCCAGCGACAACAACAACAACAACGCCAACAACAUGACCCCGGGCAAACAACCGCACGGCGUCACCGGGCCCCCCGGCGCCACCCCCGAGAACAACGUGGGUGGAGCGGCGGGCGGGCGCGGGGUGCAUCGUCGCCCGGGGCCGGGGGUGGACGCUCGCAGGGCGGGCGACAGCCUGGACGACGCUAGCCAGGGCUCGCCCGACAGCACAGAAAGUCUGUUCCGCACCCCGGGGAGCCCCGCGAACAGCUGGACCGCGGAGAACUCCCCCUCGGCGCUCGCCGAGUCUGACCAGGUGCGGGGGUCACGGGGUCACGCGGGGUGGGAGAACAGCCUGAGACCGCGGCCCGCUCCACGCAGCUCCUUCCAGGCCGGGGGUGCCGUGGGGUUCAGCCCCCCCCAGCCCACCCCCAAGACACUCCGCAAGUCUUUCCGCGGAGUGCCCAAGUCUCCGGUUGCCAUGGACUUGGGGGGCUCCCCCCCCGAGCCCCGGGGUCGCCACGCCCCCCCCGGCCUCUCGCCCCUACCCACAAUGCCGAGCAACCACGUUGCCACCCCCACACCGCCGCAUGCUCGGGAAGAGCCGGACGAGGGCUCCUCCUCUUCGCUCUCCUCCUCGUCGCUCUCCUCAUCGUCGCUGCUGCCGCUGGCACCGCCGCCGCCGCUGGGCGUGGGGGACCUGGUGUGGGGGAAGAUCAAGGGCUACAGCUGGUGGCCGGGCUGCACCGUGUCCUGGCUGGAGACGGGGCGCGACCCCGCUCCGAUCGGCUCCAGCUGGAUCCGCUGGUUCGGAGACUGCAAGUUCUCCAUGGUGCAAGGGGACAAGCUGCGACCUCUGAGCGAGUUCAACGACCACUUCCACUUGGCCACCUACAACAAGCGGUCCGCCUACAAGCGGGCCGUCUACGAGGCUCUCAAGAUGGCGAGCCAGCGCGCGGGGAAGAUCCUGGAGCCGGCGGCGGAGGGGCUGUCCCCGGGCCUGGAGCGAGCGCUGAAGCCUCUGCUCGGCUGGGCCACCGGGGGGUUCCAGCCCACGGGCCCACGCGGCCUGCAGCCCACAGAGGAGGAUCGCAAGGCCCCCAAGAGGAUGGCGUCGAGUCAACCGGAGGUCGUCCCCUUGGGCCCGCCGCCCAAGAAGCACAAAGCGGCUCCCCUGCCAGCGCUGCCCUGCGGCUCCAAGGAUGUUCUCGUCGAGCAGAUCCGCAUGAAAGUCCGGAACAUUGAAGACAUGUGCAUGGGCUGUGGCAGUCUGUACGUGGUGGCUCAGCAUCCGCUGUUCGAGGGAGGGCUGUGCCAGACCUGCAAGGACACGUACCUGGAGUGCUCGUACCUGUACGACGACGAUGGCUACCAGUCCUACUGCAGCGCCUGCUGCGCUGGCAAGGAGGUGCUCAUGUGCAGCAAGGUCAACUGCUGCCGCUGCUUCUGCAUGGAGUGCGUGGAGCUGCUGGUGGGGGCCGGGGCGGCGCAGGCUGCGGUGGCCGAGGACCCCUGGACCUGCUACAUGUGCCUGCCGCACGGCACCAACGGCCUGCUGCGACGCCGCGACGACUGGGCCACGCGCCUGCAGCUCUUCUUCACCAGCGACCGCGACCAGGAGUUCGAGCCCCCGCGUCUCUACCCCCCGAUCCCGGCGUCUCAGCGCAAGCCGAUCCGUGUCCUCUCCUUGUUCGACGGCAUCGCUACAGGGCUUCUGGUGCUCAAGGAGCUGGGCCUCAAGGUGGAGCGCUACGUGGCCUCCGAGGUGUGCGAGGACUCCGUGACGGUGGGGCAGGUGCGGCAGGAGGGCAAGAUCACCUACGUGGGCGACGUGCGCAACAUCACCCCGCGCAAUAUUGUCGAGUGGGGGCCGUUUGACCUGGUGAUCGGAGGAAGUCCCUGCAACGACCUGUCCAUUGUGAACCCCGCCAGGAAGGGUCUCUACGAGGGCACGGGCCGCUUGUUUUUCGAGUACUACCGUCUGCUGCACGAGGCGCGGCCCUCGACGACGGACGAGCGGCCCUUCUUCUGGCUCUUUGAGAACGUCGUGGCCAUGGGCGUCAGCGACAAGCGCGACAUCUCCCGCUUCCUCAACUGCAGCCCCACGAUGAUCGACGCCAAAGAGGUUUCGCCAGCUCACCGCGCACGCUACUUCUGGGGCAACCUGCCUGGCAUGAACAGACCGCUCUUCCCGUACACGACUGACAAACUGGAGCUACAGGAUUGCCUGGAGCACGGCCGCAUGGCCAAGUUCAGCAAAGUGCGCACCAUCACCACGCGCUCCAACUCCAUCAAGCAGGGCAAGGACCAGCACUUCCCCGUGACGAUGAACGGCAAGGACGACAUCCUGUGGUGCACCGAGAUGGAGAGGAUCUUUGGUUUCCCCGUGCACUACACCGACGUGUCCAACAUGAGCCGCCUGGGUCGCCAGCGCCUGCUGGGCCGCUCCUGGAGCGUCCCCGUCAUCCGCCACCUCUUCGCUCCGCUCAAGGAUUACUUCGCCUGUACUUAGAGGGGCGGGGGGGGUGGA